GACACCGUCGCGGCCCGCCGCCUGAGCGGUGCACCUGCCCUCUGGCGCCGGUCUAUUUUUAAUCGGCGCCUUCUGCCCGGCCGCAGCGGCCAUGGUUGUGCGAGAGGUGCUGCUGCCGGCGCGCCGAGGUCGGUCGGACGCGCCGCACCUCACUCCGCGUCGGACGCCACUCGCCAUGACUGAGGUGUCAGCCGUCGGAGCCGACGCAGCCGACUGCGUGUUAGCCGCGCACCGGGACGUCGACGCCGACGCCGCCGAGCCGGUCGACGCGCCGUCGCCGUCGCCGUCGCCGGAGUCCCCCAGUCCGACGUCAGCGGGCGAACAGGACCCGUCGUCGCAGAAACAGUCUGUCCCGCGAGGAUAUAUUCCGCCGGCGCUACAGAACUGUCUUCGCUGUGACGCCUGCUCGUGCAUCUACAUUGAUGAGCUGGACUACUACAAACACGUUCGGAACUACCACUCGGCCAGUGCUCAGCGCCGCUACAGGUCAGCUGGCGAUGGCGCCAGUCACCACACGGCGCGCGCGGUCAGGAAAUCUAGUCAGUGCAGAACGUGCGUGUUCUCCAAGAUCGUGCCGGAGCAGGUGACGACGCUGAAGACCUUGCAGCACCAGCAGCGGCAAGUCAGCCCCGUCAAAAUCAACGUCCUGCAGAACAACGUCAAGAGCCGCUGGAGUCGCAUGUUCGCCAGCCGUCUGCGUGGUCAGCUGACGCCACUGAGCAGCGGUCUUCGCGCCAUCGACCCCCGCCGAGUGCCGCUCAAGAGCAAGGUCAAGAUGCAGGCCAGCCUGCAGCCGUUCGUCGUGCAAGAGCUGGACGCCAAGAUGAGGGCGAUGAAGCGGCAGCGGGCGACGCCGGGCGACGGCAGCGCCACCUGUUGCGGCGACGGUAGUGACAUUUGCGCCGGUGGCGCCACGCUGCGGGUGAAGCAGGAGCCGGCGGGCCUGACGGAGGCCGAGUGCGCGGCGCUGCUGCAGCAGGUCGAGGUGCGGAUAAAGACCGAGCCCGGCGAGCUGGAGACGUGAUGCCCUGUAGGACGAGCGUCGCACGCGCCGUGUGAGACUUCAGGACCUCGUGUGACGUGUGCAGUGGUCGGGACGAGCUCAGGACGCCUAAGUACCGCCUGCCGACACCGCUGAUGUCGGCUCCACUUUAGCUACGUCACGUUCUAGUCAGUUCCAUUUGAAAUGUGCUUCUGGUUCUUCUCCGAAUGCGUUGUGUGCCUUGAUGAAGGCUCCAGACCUUGAUAAGGUCACUUGUUUUUUCAGUGCCUGAACAUGGUCUUCCACUGUAAGUGCCUUCUACCGCCUUCAUUGAUGAUAAAAUGGUAUGCCACUGAAAACAAGGAAGAGGAUCUGGACCCAUUUUUACAGGCUUAAUGAGUGUGGUUUCCUUCAAUCAAUGUACAAAAUAUAUUUCG